ACACUUGUUGUCUCCUUUAUACAGCAAAAGUCGUGAGAAACCACAGCGCUAUUUUAUGCUGGACGGAUGAAACCCAACAGGAUGGAGGUGAAAGGUAAAUCCUACAUUAAUCACAUAGGCCUAUUGGUUCUUAUCGGGAAGGAGCAGUCAUUUGCUUUGGGUGGAGCGAUGGGUACACGCGGGUUUGAUGAACGUGGAUUUGAUAGACGAACUUCUUGUUUAUGAACGUCAAGGGAUAAUAUGUAUCGUCUUCCAACAUACGAUGGAUACAAUUUUGGCAUGCAUUGUGCCAGUCUGGAGGACCCCAAGGCUCUGAUGAGGAUGGGCCUGAGCGUUAUUCUGAUCGGCCACGUCAACUUCCUGUUGGGAGCACUGGUGCAUGGCGUGGUGCUCCGCCACAUCAACCUCCACAAGCAGGCCCGCGCCAUGGAGUACUCCAUCUCCAACGUCAUGGCCCUGAGUGCCGGGCUUGUGGCCAUCAUCGUUGGAAUUCUAGCGAUCAUUCUGUCGAAGAACAAGAGCGACAGGAAACUGACAUGGGCGCUGUUCGCCCUCAGCCUCUUGUCGUCUCUGAUGGGGGCGGCGGCGGCCGUGGGCCUGCUGCUCUCCGUGGUGAGAGCCAUUGUCCAUGGUGGGCGGAGCCUGCUGACCCACUGCCGCUUCCCCGACGCUAUUGGCUACUCCAGCAUCACCAACGAGUGCCCCUUUGACCCCACACGCAUCUACAGCACCACUCUCAUCCUUUGGGCGCCCCUCAUCGUCACGUGCCUGGUCCAGCUGGUGUUCUGCUCCCAGUGCUUCGCCGCCUGCGUCUCCUUCCUGGGCCUGACCUGCUGCCCCGGACCCCCAGCAGACCGUCACCGGGUGAUCGAUGCGGGACGAACUGAGGAGCUGCCCGCCGCCGCCGCCGCCGCCGCCGCGCCGCCCCGCUACACCCCGCACCCACGCUACGCCCCGCCUCCGAGGCGACCACAACAACAACAACAACAACAACAACCAACACAACAACAGCAUCGGCCGCAGAAUUAUAUGGCGCCGCAGUUUCGCAGCCUUCCUCCGACAGAGAGGCAGCGCGGGCCCCCCCGCAGAGCGAGGCCGGAGGAGCGGGGGGUCGGGGGGGGCCCGCGGGGCCCCGAGCAGCACCGGCUCCUGGACAGGGCCACCCUGGACCGAUCCAGCUUCUGGGUCUAGCUUCUUUUUCUUUUAGAGGCCAGUUUGGGAGCACUCCAACGGCUGUCAAAAUGGCCCAUAGGUGCAAGUGCAGUGGAAAGGAGGUGCAGAGGGUGGACCUGAACCCCACCCUGAGAUUGAGUCGUGGUCCGUAGCGACGGCCGACCUGGAGCCGUUCCAAUGUAUCUUGUUGACUGUCGCAGUAUGACGGUCUUCAAAAUGUGCGAACUCUGACCUUUAGACAGUUGGCACGUCAACAUGUUUACUUUAAAGUUCAACGCACUUUGAGGUGUGUGUGUGUGUGUGUGUGUGUGUGUGUGUGUGUGUGUGUGUUUUUUUAAACUUAAAAGCUGUUUUUUUAAUUUUCCUUGGUAAUCAUUAGGACAAUUUUAUGGACUAAGGACUGCUCAGUUAGAAACUGCUUUUUUUUUCAUCCGUACAGUAUUAUUGUGAGGUCUUUGUUCAUAUUUAUUACCGAAUAAACAUACAUGAUCGCCUA